GAAUGGUUUCCUCACGAGGGGCGGGCUGUGUGUAUGGUCAGGUCCUCCUGGAAGACACGCUGAUUUCUCGGUGUAACGUGUCGUCGCGACGCCGUGAUGAACCAAUCAUGUCUUAUCAUCGUAAAAAAGAUUACGUAUUCCACAACCCAAGUUAUAAAAGCGCGUGAAUGAGAGAGAGCGAGGGCAUUGCUUCUACACUGAUCCAGAAGAUCAACUCCACUGUAGGCUACUGCCACCUCCUCCUCCCACCUGCUGCUCAUUCAGUUGGCGGAAGAAAAAAGACAUGGCAUCUGUUUUUGCCGUGUUGUUGAAGAAGACUUCCCAGUGCCUGACCAUGGAGGGAAUCCUAGUCUUCCUGUGUGUCCUGGCGCUAGUGAAGUACCUGAAUGAUCAUCGUCCCAAGAACAUUCCUCCUGGGCCUAUUCCUCUGCCUUUUCUCGGGAACGUUCUCAGCCUCGACUUUCGUGAACCUGUUGUGUCUUUUUCAAAGAUAAGUGAGAAGUAUGGAGAUGUUUCCACACUGUACCUCGCGGGUGAGAUGUGCAUUCUGCUCUCUGGGUAUAAGAGUUUUAAAGAGGCGCUUGUGGAACAAGCGGAUAUCUUUGCUGAGCGGGCAUACUACCCUGUGAACGACCGGCUGUCCAGAGGAUUGGGCCUGAUCUCCUCCAGUGGGUAUGCAUGGAGCCAUCAAAGACGCUUUGCUGUAUCUGUGCUGAAGCACUUUGGAGUGGGGAAGAAGAGCCUGGAGCACGCCAUCUUGCAGGAGAGCCGCUACCUUUGUGAAGCUCUGCAGAAGGAGCGAGGUUUGGCCUUUGACCCUGACCGCGUCGUGACCAACGCAGUGACCAAUAUAAUCUGCAGCCUGGUGUUCGGCCACAGAUUUGAGUAUGACGAUCAGCACUUCCAUCAAAUAUUGAUGUAUUUCGAUGAUGUGGUUCAGCUGCCUGCAAAUUUCUGGGGUCAGUUGUACAACCGUCUCCCCGCCCUCAUGCCCUGGUUACCAGGUAAGCACCAGACUGCCUUCUCCAGCCUGUCCAAGAUUAAGGUCUUCAUACAGGACGAAAUUCAGAGACACAGACAGGACUGGAACCCCAGCAACCCUAGAGACUACAUCGACUGCUACCUGGAUGAAAUUGAGAAGUGUAAAGACAGCAAAGCUGAGUUCACACAGGAGAACCUGAUCUGCUGUGUGGUGGAUCUGUUUGCUGCUGGAACAGAAACCACCUCCAACACCAUAUUAUGGACCUUGCUAUAUAUGGCCAAAUAUCCUGAAGUGCAGGAAAAGGUCCAUGCUGAGAUUGAUCAGGUCAUAGGACAGGCCCGUCAGCCCUCAAUGAAUGACCGGCCUCUCAUGCCUUACACCUAUGCCGUGAUCCAUGAAGUUCUGCGAGCUGCUAAUGCCCUCAACAUCACUCCUCCCAGAGUGGCCAGCAGAGACACUACAAUCGGCGGGUACCUCAUACCUAAGGGGGUGACUGUAUUUCCUUUGCUGAGGGCAAUAAUGCAAGACAAGAAUGAAUACAGCACACCGGACAAAUUCAACCCUGGACAUUUCCUUGAUGAAAAUGGCAAAUUUCUGAAGAAAGAAAGUUUCAUCCCGUUUUCUAUAGGUAAACGCACAUGUCCAGGUGAACAGAUGGUGCACAUGGAGUUCUUCCUCUUUUUCACCUCUCUGAUGCAGAGCUUCAGUUUCCACGCCCCUGACGGAGAGACUGUGAAGUUAGAUGGUACUGUGGGCAUCACCACAGCGCCCAAACCCUUCCAGAUACGUGCUGUCCCACGCUAACACCAACUGCUCAACUGACGGAACUACUGUUAAAGGACCCCACGUGGAGAGAGAGAGAGAGAGAGAGAGAGAGAGAGAAACUGCCCUGCAAACAAGCCAUUGUUUUUGUGAUUUCAUGACCACAGUGAAUUUCAUAUUUUUCUAUUUAGCCAACACUGUUUAAAUCCACCAAUUCACAUUGGAAUGUAUGUUCAUUGUUAUAUGGAUUGUUACAGCCUGAACUGAUUUUUGAGUGAGAUACAAUUUAGGACAGUUAGUCAGAUUGUUUCAUGUGUACUGUACAUCACAGUAAAAAAAAAAGGAUAAAAACAUACAUAUAAAAUGGAGAAUAUGAGUCCUUAAAAAGCAAACCUGUUGCAAGUGCUUUACACCAAGGCUUUGUUCACAUUACAAGCAACAUUGCUCAAAUCCGAUUUUUUGCUCAGAUCUUAAUGGUUCACAUUCACAAAUGUAAGUGACCUGUAUCACUGAUACGUGUAUAAACGUCACUUUCUUCACAAACAACAUAAAAUGUCAUAUUUGAGUAACAACUCGUACCUUUUUAUAAAGGGAAAUUAAUGUGUUAGCAGCUCAUAUGUGGAGCAUCUCUUGCUGGAGUGGAGAGUAAACAGCUCAUCUAAAGUACAUGUUCAGUUCGAGGAGGAGAAAAAAGGUCAGAUGGUUUGCUGUUUUUGCAGCUAUAGUUGCACAGCUGCACCAAGAGAUGUGUGGGUACGAGAGAGCAUGUAGUGCAUGCGUAGAAGCAAAAAGACACAUGAAUUCUGAUUUGACCAUUCACAUUGAUGUUGCAUGUCCAUGGAUCGGAACCUAUCCGAUUUAGAACCAAAAAUGAAAGUGACUCAAAUCUGAUUAAAUCUCAUGAAAAAAAACAGAGAUCUGA